UAAUUUCAUUUUACCGCCAUCAAAGCCCGCGCAUUCUUUUUCAGCCUUUUGUUUUUCUCAAACCCUAAACGCUAAAACAAAACAAAAUUUUUUUUCUCUUGUCGCUCAAUCAGAUAUGGAUACUUCAAGCCCAGCAGCUUUUGUUAAUGGAGGACUGCUACGCAUGCAUGUGGGUCGUAAGGUGCGAGCAGUGAUUCAGGUUACACGUUCUGACGUUGGAUCUGUGAUGGGAAAGUCUACAGAUAACCGCCAACUUGUUGUGAAAGGCACUCCACCUGUUCCUCUUACAAGUUAUGUUGAGGUUAUUGGUGUUGCUGAGAAUGAUAAUUCCAUCCAAGCUGAGAUAUGGACCAACUUUGGUGACACAUUUGAUGCAUCCAGCUAUGAUCAGCUCUGUCAACUUGCAAAUGGAGAGUUCAAACACCUAUUCCUUUGAUGCGUUUUCAGAUUUUCUUGGCAAAAACUUUGAGCUAAACAAUGUACUUUGCAUUAUUCUAUGUCCAUAUAAAUAGGUGGAAUUGUGUGAAAGAAAUUGCUAACGAAAUACUGUUGUAGGUGUUGAUAAUCUCCAUAGAAGUCUCCCUACAUUGUUUGUCUUCUGGGUAGUCGUUUUUGUCGUUAUAUGCUCAAAUUCAUUAUGAAAAUGUCCUGUCAUUCUAUAACCUUUAUGAUACAAUUCCUAGCUGCCUUGAACAUAUGGUCAUUACAAAUUUGCAAGUGGUUCAAGUUUGGUUGUCGUUUUUGUUAUUUCCUGUUACUUCUUAGUUGUUAAUGAAAAACUCCCCAAUCAAGAUGGAAUAAUGUGGAACAUUCAUAUGUCGAUGAGCAAAGAUGAUUUUAUAAUAUUCAAGUUGCAACUGAAUUGUUUACAAGUGAAUUUUAUGUUAAAGAUUUGUAUCAAUCUAAAAGCAGUCUGAGAUUUGGAUGUUGUGAGAUUUUAGCAAGCUUGUUCAUUGUUUUUUAUUGUAGGCGUAAAUGAUUAAGGCCGUCAGAGUAGACAUUAGAAAAUUAAUAUGUUCACGUAAACUGGUAGACAUAUUAAACUUAUUGCUCAAUUCAGUAGAGCAGGUUUUAUUGGAGGAAGAAGACUUACAAGCCUGGUGGGCAGACUUAGUAACUGCAUCCAAUCUCCAAAAAAAUUCCAAUUGUUUCGAACUUUCGGAUGAAAUAUUUAUGGAAUUUCAGUGUCAAGAUUGGGUAUCUUUUUUAAAUGUGGUAGUUGUUUCCCAAGCUCCCUUUUCAAAAUCGAAUUUUAAUUUUUUGUUACUCAUCAUCUCAUAGUAGACCACUACCUUAUCAUCGUUAUCUUAUCAUCGAAAGUUGAUAAGACAUAAAAUUUGUGAUUGGGAUUGGCAAAGAGGAGGUCAAUCUCAGCCUAUCUUUCCAUUCACAGUUUGGUUCAUUCUCAAUUUGGAAUAAAAUUACUAACUAUAACUAAUUUGAUAAAACAAAAAAUAGAUAACCAAUUAAUCCCAGUCUCCAAAAUUGCUUCGGAAUAGAGCAUUAAGAUAACAAUUUAUAGCAAGUAAAAUUGGCUAUAUAAUCACGGGGAAGAAAAAAAUAAGGAUAAAUCAAAUUAUUUCUAAAUUAACCCUAAAAAAAAAAACAAUAAAGAGAUCGGUUGGAGUUGGGC